UGAGGGGAAGAAGGAAGGGGAGGAGAGAUGAGAUGGCGGCCGAGGGGGAGGCGGAGGCAGAAGUGGAGUGGGUGGUAGACAGCAUCGCCGGCUUCCUCCGCAGCCCCGCCUGGUCCAUCCCCAUCGUGGAGUUCGUGGAACAAAAGUGUGAGGUUUUUGAUGAUGAAGAAGAAAGCAAGUUGUCUUACACUGAGAUUCAUCAGGAGUAUAAAGCUUUGGUUGAAAGGUUGCUAGACUCUUACCUUAAGGAAGUUGGAAUUAAUGAAGAGAAAUUUCAAGAAGCUUGUGUGUCUCCUCUUGCCAAAACUCGGACCUCACAGGCCAUUUUACAGCCAGUAUUGGCAGCAGAAGACUUCAGAUUGUUUAAAGAAAUGAUGGUCCAGAAAAAUAUUGAAAUGCAGUUGCAGGCCAUAAGAAUAAUUCAGGAAAGAAAUGGUGUGCUACCUGACUGCUUAACAGAUGGGUCUGAUGCGUACACUGAAAUUGAAGAAGAAGAAAUGAAAAUACUGAGGGAGGUUCUUAGGAAAUCAAAGGAAGAAUAUGAUCUAGAGCAAGAAAGGAAAAGAACUAAAGAAGAUAAAGUGAGAUCAUCUGAUGCUGCACACAAAUAUACAGGACAGCUGUGUGAAAGUGCGGGAGCUAAAGAACCUGUUCAACAUGCUCCCAAACUCCUAUCUGGUCUUGAGGCAAAAAACAAAGAAAUUUCUACCCGAGAACUGCCCUCUGCCAAACUGAAGAAAGAGAGUCAGAAAAAAGCAAUUGGGAAUGGUUCUGAAUGUGUCACAAAGCAAGCAGGGACUGAAGGGCAAAAUUUACCAGAACUUGAAGCACAUGAGCUGAGGGAGCGAGAGGAAUACCUAAAGCAGAAGCGAGAUGCACUGAUGGCUUUGAAGAAAGAUUCAAAAAUUAAUUUGGUACCACAAAAUACAGAUCAGAAAGAAGAGUUGUUACCUUCCAAGGAGGGACUGUCCGAAGAAGAACAGCAGAGGGCAUUAAAGAAGAAAAGAGUUCUUGCCGCAAAGCUUAAAGAAGAAGUUAUUAACAAACGAUAAUCUAGGGAAGUUGCUUGAAGAGUCAAGGAUAAGGAUUACCUUUAGAAUAUAUUUAACCAUGAACUGAAUUGUUUGUUUUCAAACACUGUAUACAUUAAUUUGAUUUUAUAUUGCAAAAGCAGUAAUUUUCUUCAUUAAGUUUUAAUUAGAUUAAACAUUAUAUUAAGCACCCUGUUUAGAUACAUAGGAU